AUGACACAACAGAGAUCGGAGUCAUCACGGUCGGCUCAAUUCUGGACUCUGUUGGCUCUCUUCUCUGUGGGUUUGCUGCAUAUUGCUAGACCCCAGGUUCCUUACAACCAUCUUUCCGGGGCUAUACCUUUCACCUUCCUCCAAGCAAUAGGGUCAAAACAUUCCGAGCCCCACCAAAUUGGAGAACAGACCUUCCCACUCCCAGACUUGAUUGGCGAAGAGUACUGGGAAGGCCAAAGGGGUCAUUUCAAAGGUUGGGCCCCAGGCACGAAAAAGAUUCAAGAUGAAAUUCCUACAUGGGCAUCUGGAGACCUGCCUCCAGGAUUCGAUAGAUGGGCUCAAGACCUUCUUCAUAAUGAGAAGGGAGAAGAUCAUCGAUCAGGAAAUAAUGCUUCCCAGAAGCAUACUUAUAGCCCAGCAGAGGAUCCUCUGCGGAUCACCAAUCUUGACCGCGAACUCCUAGGACCUGUGGCUCGGGCGCUCAAAGACCACAAGGUUCCAAUCACACACGUUGUGCUGGUGCUGAUGGAAAGUGCUCGAAAGGAUAUCUUCCCCUUCAAGGCAGGUUCACACUUGCACGAGGAGAUAUUGUCCUCUUACCAAAGCCAAAGCCCUGAAAUCCUCUCAGCAGCCAACCUCAAGUUAUCCAACUUGACACCAAAUGCGGAGAAGUUGACAGGCGAGCAGAGCGGGCUUCCAGUGAGCCCAAAUUUGUCUGCCGGCUCCGGUGGUAGCUGGAACGACACAGCAGAGUCAGGCAUGGGUGGAAUCAACUUCCACGGUGUCUUGACCGGUAGCAGCCUGUCCUUUAAGAGCGCGAUUAUCAACUAUUGUGGCGCGGGUCCACUGCCAGUGGACUUCAUGGACGAGGCCAACGCUGAGAAUUACCAGCCUUGCAUUAUGCAGAUUCUUGAGUUGUUCAACACAUUCAAGAAGAACUCCACUGCCAAGGGCACAGAUGGUUCGGGUUCGGGUUCUGAAACCGAGCGUAUCAUCGAUCGCAAAUGGAGGUCAAUGUUCUUGCAGUCCAUCACAGGGCUAUACGAUGAACAAGAUGUGUUGAAUGAGAAGAUGGGGUUCCAAGAGGCCAUUUAUCGUGAAGAUAUCGAUAAGCGUGAUGCCUUACAUUAUCACAAAGACAUGGAAGAGAUCAACUACUUCGGCUACCCGGAACAGGAGAUAUACCCUUACCUGAAAGAUGUGGUAAACUCAGCAAUUGAAAAGAAAGAGAGGCUGUUUUUGUCGCACUUUACAAGCACCACUCAUCAUCCCUGGGGUACGCCCGCGAAGUAUCCCCAGGAGCAGUAUUUUGCAAACAAAGGCCUGGUUGCUAAGCAUGAGGAAAUGAACAAAUACCUCAACUCCGUCCGAUACGUGGACACGUGGCUCGGGGAGAUGAUGCAAGUACUUGAUGACUCUGGUAUUGCAAAUGAGACACUCGUUGUACUUGUGGGAGAUCACGGCCAAGCAUUCACAGAAGACAGCCCAGUGUCCGGAACCUACGAGAACGGACAUAUCAGUAACUUCCGCAUCCCGCUGGUAUUCCGACAUCCACUAUUGCCCAAGUUGCAGGUAACGGCAAAUGCGACCUCGAUGUCCGUUGUCCCAACCAUUCUUGACCUUUUGGUGAAUUCAGGGUCUUUGGAUGAGAUGGACUCGAGUGUAGCUCUGGACUUGAUGAAUGAGUAUGAGGGCCAGUCUCUCAUUCGCCCUUACCAGGCCACUCAUAAUGGCCGACAAGCGUGGAAUUUUGGUAUCAUCAACCCUGGAGGCACCAUGCUCAGUGUCGGGUCUGCGGCUGUUCCGUAUAGGCUUAUAUUGCCGCUCAGUGAGGACUUUGAGUAUGUGUUUUCUAACCUGGAGACAGACCCGAAUGAGUUGAGUCCUGAGUUCGGCUGGUCUUUGGAGGAGUUAAUUGAGCAUGUGGAAAGCAAACAUGGUGACGAGGCUGGGAAGUGGCUGAUGGAUGCGGAGAAAGUGGGGAGAUGGUGGGUUGGCAAUCAAAAACGAUUGUGGAAUUAUCAAUAG